CUCGUCAUAUCCGCCUGCGACGCGCUUAAAGUUGAAGUUGAAAACUUCACCUAUGCCUUAAAGGAUUAGCCAACAAACAAUCGCGGUGCUCUAAAAUGUUAUUUAUGUAGUUACCGUAGAAAACUCAUGCCCUGAGAUGUUGACAAGAGUCGGGUUUCGAAUCUAAUUGGUUAGUUAAUUCUACCGUUGUUUGCGAGCUUUAAUCAAGAGUAAACAAUCUGGCUAAGCUAGUUGGAGGAGGCGGCGGCUCCACGUUUACAUUAUAAAAGCAUUGACAAAUACAGUGAUCAGUCACGUGUAUGUUCAAUCGUGCUUUCAUUUUUAGACAGGGCAAAUGAUUCAUCUCGAACGUUAUUGGCGCAGCAUAUGAAACCAAGCUUGAUGCAUGGAGAAAUCUGCUCACUUUCCUGAAACUGGGAAUAUUUUUAGUUGACUUCAUUACUGCAGACAUGUCGAGCAAUCUAACGCCGGAACAGCAGAGGAAAAUCGAGGAGAACAGACAGAGAGCGUUGGCGAGAAGAGCUGAGAGACUUGCACAGGGAAACCAACAACCUGUACAAGCUGUGACUGCACCAUACAAGCCAUGUCAAACCCAAUCACAUCCUGCAGCAGGAGGAAAUGCAAAAUACAAGCCGAGCUUUCCUCCAAAACCUGCAGCAAGCAGCAAAGCCCACAGUGUGAGACAGACCCAGCUCAUAGAUGCACUUCCAAUCCCUAAUGGGAGAGAAUAUCAAACAUCAACUCCAUCGACUAGUUUCGUACCCCCCAAGCCCAAAUCUGAACCAAAGACAAAUUCCACAGCAGCUAAUUUCUAUGGCCCAGGUGUGAAGCCACCCACUCAGCCUUUAGACAAAAAGGAGCCCAGACCUCUGGACUCUGGCUCUGCUGUUUCUGUAAAAAGGCCUUCAGUGUGUGUGAGAGGGAAGUGUGUUCCUCAUUCAGAAGGGCGCUUCAGAGUAGAGGUCGGCUACAACGCAGAGCUCAUCACUGUGUUUAAAACCAUCCCUUCCAGAAACUAUGAUCCUGUCACAAAGAUGUGGAACUUCAGCCUUGAGGAUUACAAACAACUGAUGGAGGAGGUAGCAGGCCUGCCCUCAGUGUCUUUGAAGGCUCUGGAGGGGAUGGAAGGCUUGGAUUUAUCUACCUCCAGCAUUCGCCCAAGAGACUCUGCAGCACUGGCGGCCAUGAUGAAACUGUGCCAGGGCUGGCAGAAACCUGGGGCCACAGUCAAGGGCAGAUGCACACUCAUCUCUCGUGCUCGCCUGGAAGUGGACAUCACGUACCAUGCAGAUGUGAUAGCUGUCUUUAAACAGAUGCCUUCAAAAAACUAUGACAUGAAAACAAGGAAAUGGAGUUUCCUACUUGAGGACUAUGGCAGGUUGAUGGAGUCUCUGAACAACAUCUCGGCUGUAGAGGUUGAACCGUUACCUCGUGCUGUGCUCCAGGCCUUUUCCUCCCAGUUUGACAAAAGCCAUUCCAGAGCUGCAGAAAUCCCUGAAGCUGAUCUCUCAGGCAUUGAUACCACUCUCACACGCAGCCUCAUGCCCUUUCAGCAGCACGGUGUCGACUUUGCGGUGUCCAGAGAAGGCCGUCUACUCCUGGCUGAUGAUAUGGGCUUGGGGAAGACGGUGCAGGCCAUCUGUAUUGCAGCCUAUUACAGAAACGAAUGGCCAUUGCUGAUAGUUACUCCAUCCUCCGUUCGCUUCACCUGGGCUGAGGCGCUCCGUCGCUGGCUGCCUUCAGUGGCAGAAGACAGCAUUAAUGUGGUGGUGACGGGUAAAGACUGUCUUCAGUCUGGUCUCAUCACCAUCAUCAGCUACGACCUGCUUAGCAAGAUGGGAAAGCAGAAUUUAGCCAGUCCAUUUGGUGUGCUUAUUAUGGAUGAGUCCCACUUCCUGAAGAACAUUAAAACCGCUCGCUGUAAGGCUGCUCUUCCUCUAUUAAAGGCGGCUAAAAGAGUGAUCCUACUGUCGGGAACUCCUGCUAUGUCGCGUCCGGCUGAGCUCUACACCCAGAUUCUGGCUGUGCAGCCGACACUCUUCCCUCGUUUCCAUGAUUUUGGAGUCAGAUAUUGUGAUGCUAAGCAGCUCCCCUGGGGUUGGGACUAUUCCGGCUCCUCUAAUUUGGCUGAAUUGAAGUUGUUGUUAGAGGAGUGUCUUAUGUUGAGGCGAUUAAAAUCCGACGUGCUGUCACAGCUUCCUUCCAAACUGCGCAAGGUCGUCACUGUGACUACAGACGGCAUAAACUCCCGUACCAAAGCUGCACUCUCAGCUGCAGCCAAAGAACUUGCCAAAGGAUGCCACAAUAAGAAGCAAGAAAAGGAGGCUCUACUGGUUUUCUUUAACCACACAGCAGAGGCCAAGAUUAGAGCUAUCCUGGAGUACAUUUCAGACACGCUGGAGUGUGGACGAGAGAAGUUUCUGGUGUUUGCUCAUCACAAGCGGGUCUUGGACGGCAUAACGAAAGAGCUUACUGAUAAAGGAAUCAGUCAUAUCCGUAUCGAUGGGUCUACACCCUCAGCCGAUCGCCAGCAGCUGUGUGAGAAGUUCCAAUUCUCUGAGCAGAGCUGUGUGGCUGUGCUCUCCAUCACAGCUGCCAAUAUGGGCCUCACACUGCAUAGUGCUGACCUCGUCGUGUUCGCAGAACUCUUCUGGAACCCAGGGAUAUUAAUUCAAGCAGAAGACAGAGUUCAUCGUAUUGGUCAGACCAGGAGCGUGGACAUUCACUACCUGGUAGCGAAAGGCACAGCUGACGAUUACCUCUGGCCAAUGAUCCAGGAGAAGAUGAAUGUUCUAGAACAGGUUGGCUUGUCUGAGUCCAAUAUUUCAGACAAGGCAGAGUGUGCCAGCUUCCACAGCAAGGACCCCAAACAGCGAAGAAUCACCGAGAUGUUCCAGAGAUCAUUCUCAGAGGAGGAUAUGGAUGAAUCGAUGUUAUUAGAGGCUGUGAAUGACUGGGAGGACACUGAACAGACAGACUCAGUCAGUCACCAGGAGAAACAUUUCUCAGAGAGCCCCAGCAAGAAAAGACGGCUAGAAGACUAUAACCAAAACCUUCAAGCCCGGCCGUUUCCAAAAAUUCCUCGGCCAUCUUCCUGGGAAAAACCAUCUCCUUCUCCUGAGUGAUGGUGAACCCUGCAGCUUGGAUCUCCCCCAGGAUCUCCUCUGUGGAACAGAAACCAAGAGACAAGAUUUAUCUGUAGGAUGAUUAGAAG